AAGGUUGAAAAUCGACUACCGAGAUGAUGGAUUCAAACCGAGCUGCGCCACGUGACUUCCGGUGUCAAUAACUUCCCUAGCCCUUCCCACUCCCUUGAUUACUACAGUGGUUUUCCUGGGAGUGUCGUUCCCGUGUCGUAUUUACAUAGUCUCUUUUUUUUUUCCCUUUGGGGCUGGCUGAUGUUUCACCUUUUUCUCAGAGCUAACCUUUGAAGAUGCGAGCCACUUGUAAUUCUUGGGCGGAAAGGAAGCUGGGUUUUUUUUUUGUUUUGUUUUGUUUUGUUUUAAACGAAAAGCACUGACUGCUAAGGAGGAGCGUUUGCUUCAGCUCGGAAAAUAGGUCUGGAGCUAAUUGGACUUGGGCGCUGAUCCGUGCAGGCACUGUUAUGCCACCUCGAGAGCUCACACACCGGCAUGGAGAACAGAUUUGUAAUCUGCUCAUGUUAAAAGGGUGACUGCUGAGUUACAGCUGUGCCUGACAACGCACAGAGCAUGUCACGCAGUCACGGAGUGAUCCGAUUAGAGACUACUAGGGCGACUGCAGAUGGCCCAUAGAGAGGCAGUGAAGGGGAGGAUCGUAAUCUAACAUAUAUGUAAAUUGUGUUAUUUUUAAAGUUAAUUUUAUUUUUAAAUUUUGAGGCAUUCUGUAUUGUCCAGGGUGGGCUCAAACGUGGGAUGUUCCUGCCUCAUCUUUCCCAGUAGCUAAAAUUACAGGCCUAGCCACCAUGCUUGGCGUACAGUUUUCAUUUUUAGUCAUAUAAACAGUUUUGAACUUAGUACUUUAAAAAAAAAUCAAUACAGAUUUAGAUCUGCAUUCAGAGAAGGAAAGCUUCCUUGAGGAGGUCAUAUGGAUCCAAACCAAGCAAAGAAAAUAGAAAGGGCCUUCCAGAACGAAGAAAUACAGUGCCAGGGAUGGAAUCCAAGCCCAAGACCUUCACAUUGAGCCAUAUCUCCAGACCUUUUAUUGACACAGUCUUAUAAAAUCACUAGGUCUCUUUAAGUUGCCUGGACUGAGCUCAAAUUUGAAAUCCUCCUGCAUCAGCCUUCCAGAAUGUUGGGGUGGCAGAUAUAAGCCACUAAAAAUUCAGCUUUUCUUGAAAACAGAAAAAGUCUGGCAACACUGGAUGACACUCCAGUUAGAUGAGAUGCAGGAACCGGUGGGGAACAAGGCUAUACACCCCAGUUCUCCAGACCUGUACCUGAUAACAGAUUCCCUAUACCUGAUUUCCUGGUGGACGUUUUAAUUUUCUACUUCUGACAUAAAGGCAUAGAUCUUACCCAGGAGUGAUGAUAGGAGUAUUAACAGCCAGUCUUCCAGGCACCAGGAACCAAUUUAUCAGCCAAGGAACAGAAGGCUCAGUGUCUAGGAUCCACACUAAUUUUAGAGGCUCCCAAAAUUUCUGCAUCUCUUUGAAAGUGGGGGAUGGUAGUAUGGAGAGAGCUUUUAACAAUCCAAAUGUCUGUAGACACUGCACACUAAGAGAUGAAGACCUUAAAAAUGAUUACUGAAAGCCAGAACCUGUGAUGGAUAAAGGACUGCUCUCAGAUCAUACUGCUUUCAUUGCAGAGACUUUUUAAACAGCUUCCCCCUGCUCUCUAGGCUUCCAGAUAUAGGAUGCUGAGCACACAAUCCCAUCCAUCUGCUCAUUUGGCAUUAACUGCAUUUUUAGCAUGUGAAAGUCUGAAGAAAGAAAAUGAAGAGAUAACUAAGAUCACAUGUAGACUUUUAAAAGAGAGAUUUCAAUGGAGGAGCAGCAUCCAAGGAAUGUGUGGUCUGUACGGAUUUCCAUCCUUCCAGGGAAUUUAAUUCCCACUUCACACCCACCCCAACUGCCUGCCCUGCAAGGAACGGCUGCUCGGAGGCGCAGGUCCUGUCUCAAACCCGGAGCGACGCCCCCGGCGCGGGCACAAAGGCUCCGACGGCGGCCGGCGGGGGCUGCCCGGCGCGAAGGAACCGGCGCCAGAGGACUUCUGUGCGCGCUCUAGCCGAGCCCCGGGCACCAUGCCGCGGCGCCUGCAGCCCCGGGGCGCGGGCACAAAGGGCACGACCGCGGCAGCCUCGGGGAACGCCCGGCACUCCCAUCCCGCAGUCCCCGAGGUGCCCCCAGCGUCGGCCAAGCUGCUGCUACGUUGGGACGAGGUGCCCGACGACUUUGUGGAGUGCUUCAUCCUGUCGGGCUACCGGCGCCUGCCCUGCACGGCGCAGGAGUGCCUGGCCUCGGUGCUGAAGCCUACCAACGAGACGCUCAACUUCUGGACUCACUUCAUCCCGCUGCUACUGUUCCUGAGCAAGUUCUGCCGCCUGUUCUUCCUGAGCGGCAGCGAUGUGCCCUUCCACCACCCGUGGCUCCUGCCACUGUGGUGCUACGCGUCCGGAGUGCUGCUGACCUUCGCCAUGAGCUGCACGGCGCACGUGUUCAGCUGCCUCUCGCUGCGCCUGCGCGCCGCCUUCUUCUACUUGGACUAUGCAUCCAUCAGCUACUACGGCUUCGGCAGCACGGUGGCCUACUACUACUACCUGCUGCCUGGCCUGAGCUUGCUGGACGCAAGAGUCAUGACCCCAUAUGUGCAGCAGCGCCUGGGCUGGCACGUGGACUGCACGCACCUCAUCGCUGCCUACCGUGCACUGGUGCUGCCGGUGGCCUUCGUGCUGGCUGUGGCCUGCACAGUGGCCUGCUGCAAGAGCCGCACUGAUUGGUGCGCCUACCCGUUCGCCUUGCGCACCUUUGUCUUCAUCAUGCCCCUCAGCAUGGCCUGCCCCAUUAUGCUGGAGAGCUGGCUCUUCGACCUGCGUGGCGAGAACCCCACGCUCUUUGUGCACUUCUAUCGCCGCUACUUCUGGCUGGUGGUGGCUGCCUUCUUCAACGUGAGUAAGAUCCCCGAGCGCAUCCAACCAGGCCUCUUCGACAUCAUCGGUCACAGUCACCAGCUUUUCCACAUCUUUACUUUCCUCAGCAUCUACGACCAGGUGUACUACGUGGAGGAGGGUCUGCGCCAGUUCCUCCAGGCACCGCCCGCGGCGCCUACCUUCUCCGGCACUGUGGGCUACAUGCUGCUGCUGGUGGUUUGCCUGGGCUUAGUCAUCAGGAAGUUCCUCAACAACAUUGAAGUCUGCAGUAAAAAGUGAGCCUCUACCAUGGAAGAGGCUACUGGUUUGCCUAUCUGUUUGUUUGGAGUUUCUGUUGUUGCUAUUGUUGGUUUGUUUUCAAGUUUUGUUGUGUUUCCUUCUUUGCUCGAGGAGGAUGCUGCAAAACCACAAGGGAAAGGUCCAUUGCUACUAGGGAAUCUCAGUUCGUUUGGGGGGGGGGGGAAUCAACCGAGAGAGGGCCGCUGGUUCUUGCUCCUUGAAAAAAAUCAGAUAAUGUCUCUGACAUCCAGGGAUUUUGCAAAGGCAUAAAUAAAAUCCCAAACAACACUCCCAAGCAGUUUGAUUUUCUACUUGUUUCUGUGUCAGCAGUAAUAACAAGUAGCCCUUGUGAGGUCAGGUAUGCAGUAAAGAAGAUAAAUACUCAGAAAUUCCUGGAUACUUCCAUUUCAGUCAAGAAUGCCUGAGUUUGUCAGAAGAAUGGAGCUUUGUAGGAAACAGGUGCAAAGACACAAACCCAGGGCUUAACCUGCUAGAUUCUGCAUGGAAUGUGAACACGAGUUAAUUAUUCCAAAAUGUUUCUUACAUGUUAUUUAAAUAGUAAUAUAUGAUGAUUUUUCAUAAUUUAUAAAAGCCUGUGAUAUGCACUGAAUUUUCUUUGUCCAUAGUUUUGAAUUUUGCAGCCUUCUGCAUUGCACACACUUGAACUGGACGUCAGGGCAAGCUGCUUAAAAGUUCUCUACUUGUUAAAAACAGUGUUUUCAGAAGGCCUAUGAAUCUCAUGAUACAACUGUGAAUGACUUUUACCUUAGGGAUUCUGGUUAGUAUAUUGGUGAAGAGCUCAAGUGGUUUGUAUAGAUCUCAGACUCCUAUUUACUUUAAUGUGUUCCAUAAACUCAUCCAAUUCUUUGUUUUGUUUUUAAUCUAAUUCUUUCCUUCUCUACUAAAAUUGCCACUGGAAUAAAUGUGCCUUUUGAAGCAAUGCCCAAAUGACUGACCUCAUACAAUUUCUUGCAUAGAAGAACAGCAGAAAUGAGCUCUUCUUAUUUUACUGCAAAUCAGGAUGGAAAGUGGGGUUGGUUUUAAGUUUUUGAUAAGACCAGAAGUAGCUUACUGGGAUGUGCGUGGUGUUGGACUUCUCUACCAGGACAGGGAGCCAACUCAGAAUUAUGGCUGUGGCUCCUAAUGCAGCCAUAGGGGAGGGUGAAAGAACACUGGUGCCAUCCAUCUUUGCUUAAAACUUAAAAUAUAACAUUCAGGAGUAAACAAGGCAGUUAAUAUUGUAAAAACAGAAGCAUAUUAACAUUAUACAGAAGCAUAGUAACUGAAAUUUAUGAAUUAAAUAAGAUUAUGAAUAGCCAGUUAAACACAGAAUUCUUAUUUGGGUCAAUAUUAUGGAAGUGAUUGGCAGUCACAUGAAUCUGUGAAAAAUUAGCAAAGACACCCCAAGAUACUUCAUUAUUUUUGUGGUCAAGGUCUGGUUAUAUAGUCCAGGUUGGCUUUUAACUCUAUAUGAAGCCCAGGUUGGGCUUGAAUUUAUAAUCUUCAUGCCUCCACUUCCCAAAUGCUGGUAGUAAAGGUGGAAUAAGCCCGCCUCCCAAGAUGCUUUCUAGUCACCACAUGGGCCAGCUUUACUUAGACAUGUCUUAUAAAUGCUAGCCUAUAAUUGAGGCAGAAACUCUUUAUGAACACAAACCUCUGAGGUAGCGCAUUUAAAUAUCACACUUAGUAAAUUGGUAGUAAGCCCAAAAAAAGUUCAUAAAUGGGAAGUAUUGACUGAGGACAUAAUUUUGAUCGAGCACAUAAAGUGAAUGAAUACUUAGCACUGGUAAAAGAUGGCUCUUUUUUUUUUUCUUAUAGUUUUAAUCAGUACUGUAUUUGUAAACAGAGAAGCUUGGCACAAUUCCCUGGAGGAACCAGUAUCAGCAUGUGUGCUAAUUUGCACACAAGUUAAAUUUAUGUACAUCUGUAUUUAAUUUAGGACCAGGUAAUAGGAUCAUAAAUACACUUUGUACAAUUCCUGAUGAGUGUCAGUGUCUCCUCCUUCAAGGAGAUUCCUGUCAGGUUGCAGGGGCUGUUAAUUUGUGCUCACCACACAAGUUGCUCUUCAGCUGUAACUUGACCCAGUACAUGUGUUUAAGGACAGUUGUGAAAUCAGGAUAUCUCCACUUGGAGACUUACUUGCAUGGUCAUUGUUAUGUCUUCUAGAUCCCCAAAGAAUGUUGGUUCAGAAGCUAGGGAAACUGAAAAAUAUUUUGCAUCUUUCUUGUCAAAUGGAACCUCCCUUUCAGAAGGAACUUUCCAGAAGGGGACUUCCAAAAAAGACUAAUGGGUUUAAGAAUAAGAACUAAAUCCUAGCAUUUGUCACUUUAAAUUUUUAUUGGAAACCUUCUGGGUCCACAAACAGAAUUCUCUUCUAGCCCUGUCUUUGUCCUUAAGCAGAGGCCACUCAAGGAUAAAAUUAUACCCAUAUCAUUUUCAAGUGAUUAUGAUACAUGAGCCAGUGAGAUGACACACUUUUCCCUGGGAAGGUUUAUCGACCCAGGGCGUUCCACAGAGAAUGGGGACUCACUUUCUUAUUCCAUUUACCUUUUUCUUCCUCCCCUUUUCCUUUCCCUUAGAUAUUAUAAACUGCAUAUAGCAUUGACAAGAAGACAUUCUAGAUGAAAACAGUGGCUUGACUUUAUUUUAUGUCUGCAAACAAGUAGUGCACCUACUAUAAUCAUGAAUGACUUGUUUAACUUGAUAAACUAGUUGUUAAACUAUAUCAGAGUUUUGUCAAGAUAGACAAUACCAUUUUAGAAAUGGUCAUUUACUAUCUGCACAUUUAUAUAGAACCAUGUAGAUGUUUUAAACAUUUUAGGGAUAAUAUCACAAUCAGAGUAAAAUAUCUUUGAAAAUUUUUUUCACAUUCUCCAUUUUGUCACAUCUAUUAAAAUUUGGCUUGCCUUUAUUAUGUUCAACUAUUUGAAAUUUAGGACAACUUAUAAAUAAGAAUUCUCUUCAUUAUCUUUGAACAAUCUAUUUCAGCAGUAGUGUUGAAGCGUAUUAUGUAAUGCAUUUUAUUUUUACUUGUUAGUCGUGAUCUAGAAGACAUCCCAAGGAGCAGCACCAUUGAAUGGUGGCUGGGAAAUGUGAGUGCUUGACUGCAAUGCCUGUUACCCUGUGGGUUAGUCCCUGAGGCUGACUCAGGCUAAGCUGGGUGGUUAAAGGGGUUUCUUUCUUUCCUGUACUCUUUGCAGGUCAGUUGAAGAGGGUGACCUUCCCAAAGAGAUGACAUAAGAGCUCUUUGGUCAUGUCAUUACUGGCUUAUAAAAAUAAAUGAAGCUCUUUUCCAUUGGCCACAUACUUUCUAUAAAUAGCCAGGAAAGAGUAUGGAGCUAGAACACUGGCCAGAGUGGCCUUCACAUUUCCAUUCUUAAAGAUUGCCUGUAAGUUCUUAUAGUCAAAAAACCAUUGAGCCUCAUCCAUCAUGGUACUUUAUAGGAACCAUUUCUAAGAAUGUAAAAUUUGAGGAAGGGACGUGAUUGUUAUCAUUGCUUUUUCUUGAUGUGGUGCUGAAUUGGAAGAUUAAUAGCAAUAAUAGAGAAGUUUUUCUUCAAAUCUCGUAACUUUAAUCUGCACAAAGCUGAAUUAGGGGACAGGUAUGGCAGGAGUUAAUGUUGGUCCAAGGUGACAGACUUAAAUUUUCCGAUUGUCAUUAUAAUGUGGGGACAAAGACCAGGGAUAUAACUCAGGAGCUUGGCACCUGCUUGGCAAGCACAAGGUCCUGAGUUCAAUUCCUGGUGCCAAAAUAAUAAUAAUAAUAAUGUGGGGACAAUCGUCUGCUCAAUUGUGAGCAACUGUGAGUGUGUACAACUAUAAUACCUGGCCAAGCCCCAGACCCUUAUUAGACACAUCAUAUGUGUGUAUGAUAUAUGAAUAUAUAUAUAUACAUAUUACUUUAAUUGACUAAUUUUUAAAUAGAGCAAAGAGAUGGCUUUUUUUUAAAGACAGGGUCUCACUCUAUAGUUCACACUGGCCUUGAAUUCAUUAUGUACCACAGACUGGCCUCAAACUCAUGGUGAUCUUCUUGCCUAAGGCUCCUGAGUGCUGGGAUUACAGGCAUCUGCCACCAUGCCCAGUGAGAUGGCUAUCUUUGAAAUUAGAUUAUAAAUCUUAUUAAACAUGUUAUCAGCCACUUAAAUGGUUUUUAUCAUCUUGUUCAUCUGUUGAGGUUUCAUACUGCUCACUUCACUGUCAGUCUUCUUGAGUCAGCAUUCAUCCAUUCAUUUGUGUAAUCCCUUUAGUGAUCACUGAGCACCUACUAGGUGUAAGACCUUUGGGCAAGGAUCUGUCUGUCCAUACUGUUGCAGCCCUUACUUUUUGCUUUUUGGUGGAACAGAGAAGAUUGUGUUUUUUCUCAUACCUAUUAUCAUAAAAGCAGUGCACAGAAUCUUAUUUCAAUCAACAUGCUAAUUUAUCUGCAAUUUCUUUUCUAUUCCUGACUGCUCCUGGGUCUAUGGUUAAAAAUAACUUGAAAUUGUAAAGUACUACAAGUCAAGUAGAGGGUUGGUGGAAAUAUGUACAGAACUAGAAACGUUUAUCAUUAAUAAAAAUAUUAAUGACAAUAAUUAUUGGGAGGUUAUUAGUAGUUGUAUCAUUAUGAAAUUUGGUUUAUUUAAAGUACCUAAAUUGGGAUAUCAUUAAGUGAAUUCUACAGAUAAUAUAGUUUUAAAACCCAAACACACAAAUUUAAAUGCUUAAAUCUCCAGAAUUAAAACUAAGUCUAAUGUGCUAGCUUUUUUUCCUCUUUAAAUUUUUUGUGUGGUAACUUACAGAGCAUAUCUGAAGAAAAUAAAUCUGCAGAAAGUCACUUUUAAAAAAGUAUCAAAUGUUUAAAAAAAAGAGGGCAUGGGAAAAGAAGAACAAAAAGAACUGGAUUCAAACAGCAGCCUGGGCAGCAAGUUCAACAGUGUUCAGUUUUUAGGAGUUUUAAAUUUUGUCCCUAGAAAAGCAUAUGAAUCCCCAGGCUCUUGGUGUUUAAACAGGUAGGCAAGGAAUUCUAUUUGGCUUAUCUUGUGGCUUUUAACCUGAUCACGGGUGCCUGAGUAUAUUUUGAGUAGUGCAUUUAUCCCCUGGCUUAAUGUCCCUAAUUUGCUUCCUUAAAAUUAGGGCAUAGGUCAAAAAGAAAUUAGCAGAUAGCACCAGUCAAUUGUAGAGCAUGCUUUGAAUCAUUCUCAUGAAGGAAUGCCAAUAUUCACCGACAUAAACUGCUUGGCAAAAAGUUAAAGAGCCUAGACACACUGGGAAAGGAAGCAUUCGGUAGAUGAAGCUGAACACUGCUGCAUUCCCUUGUGAGAGGCUACAUGCUUUUCUACUGAAAACUGACUUCUUCAAUAUUAUGAAUAAUUAUUUCCUAGUUAUGAAAAUGAGUAUCAGUUCUUGUCACCAUUUCAAAAAACUAACACAAAUUUCUCUUGUCCUUUCAAAAAGAACAAAGGUAUUGCAUUUUUGGAUUGCAAAUUUCUAACCAGUAUAUAGGCUUUUUUGCUUUAGAACAGCUUCUUAAGAGUCUGAGCAAGUUGCAGAAUUAGUGUUUAUUUAUAGGUCAAGAGCCAAAAAUGCUCACUUAGCUGUUAAUUGUGGCAGGAUGUGACUUUUCUGAGCCCUAAACAAACACCUGCCUGCAACAAAAUGCUUACUUAUUUGCUCUUUAACUCUGGGAAAGCAGCCUUUACUUGGAGCUUUUUAAAUUGUCCCCAGUGCACUGUUCCUCUGAGUGUGAUUCAGGAGCUUUAUUGCGUUUGGUUCUCAACGUCUGAAACCUAUUCCAAACAUAGCAUUUCUCAAAAAAAAUUUCUUGAGUGUGCACAAUUAUUUUUGAUUGUAUAAAAGUGGCAGGCCACCUUUCUCAUGCCUUAAGCUCCACCCAAAAUAUGCAAUAAGCACUCAAGGCUGAGGGCAAGAUCUGCAGUUGGUUAUUUAGCCAUAUGGCGAAAAUGGCCCUGCUUCUCAUGGUUUACUCUAAACCCUCAUUUCUGGAUAAAAUAUGGGCCAUACUGAUUUCAUUUCUUCUUUUGGUUCCAUCUCUAAUUAGAAAGGAUAAUGUUUUUAAUAUGUGGACGCCAAAAAAAGAAAGCUCAUGGGAAAUUUUUUAAAGAAGUAUCUUAAUUUUGUAUUCUACAAGUUUGUAAUAGCAAUUUGUUUGUUAACAAAACAAAACAGGCCUUAGCACAUGGGUGAGAACCAGUGCUUUUUGGAAAGCCUCAUCUCUAUCCUUGGGGGUUUGACUGACCUUGAGCUCUUACCUAAAUGAUAAAAGGCCUUGUAAGUCUUUUAAAAAUGUAAAUACUAUAUAGUUUAAAGAAGGGUAAAAACCAUUUUUUAAAAAGAAGAAAACAUGUCAGAUAGGUUCUAGGUAUGUAAUGAGGCUAAAUUUUAAGGUCGUUAAAAGUUUUUGGAUAGAAACUUUAUUACAUUGCCUCUUCAAGGAAGUUGUAGCACAAAAGGUCUACUUUUCCACGUGGUUGGUUUUCAUUUCUGGAGGCUCUGAGCAAAAUUAUUUUAACCAAGCACCUGGGAAUCCAGACAAUAAACAGAUGAGUUGUAUUUCACUCGGAGAGGGUUGCGACCACAAUGAAUGACAGCCACUAAGAAAUGCACAGCCUUAGAAUUUGUCCCUCCUUUCUUCGAAAUGGACGAAACCCCAGGCCAAUGCUAUACAGACCAGACAGAGCUUUCUGUGUUCCGGGGCUAGGGAAAGAUUCUGUGGCCACUUUUCCUCUGCACUAAGCAUGUGGUAGCUCUUAACUUCCUCCACAUCAGCCUUCUCAAAGACCAUGUCCGCCACCCUUGAAGCCUUCACUUCCCACAUAUCCAGCGUUGAGACAAAAGAUCCCUAAAAGGAUUCAGUAUGUAAUUAAGCCUUCUCCACCCAUCUGCCUUAUGAGAUACAUCUAUUUCUAACCUAAGGAUUUAAAUUAAAUAACUGUACUCAAAUUGCAAGCAUGUGUAACCAGCAAGUCCCCUUCUGAAGUAAAGGGCAUUACUUGAAGGGUCAUCCUCAUGUUUUUCCUCAGGUCAGAAGCAGAGGGAGGAUUUAACAGUGAUCAAAUAGAGAAACCUCGUGUCUGUUGUUCUGUUUCAGUUCAUUUAAUGUUGAUAAUGGGAGGAGGAGGGAGUAAAGAGUUAUACAGGCAAAAGGAAAGAAUUUCUACCACUGCUUGCUAAAUUUAUUAUUAUCAUGCCACCCUGACGCCAGCCCCUCAUCUACAUCCUAAAGAGCUACCUUAUAUACCUACAGAGGGCUUCUCAGGAGAUGUGACUUUCCACACCUGGGCAGUAGUGUGGCUUCAGAUCAACGGUGUAUUCCAAAAGAGGAGCGUUACUUAAUAAUUUCAGACUUCAAGAUGAAUGAAGCAAAACAACCUGUAAAAAUAGAUAUAAUUUUGGUCAGUUCUGUGCAUGUAGCUAAACAAAUUGUGACUGAUUUCUGUUGUAUAGUUUGUGGUGAUCUCAGUUUUCCAACACUCUGUUCCGCCUGUACAGUUGUCUUGAAAAUGAAAUUCUGUAUGAUAAUGUAACUAUGCAUUUUUUGCGGAAAAACAAACAUAUGAAUUAAGAAUAAAUUAUUUGUAACCACA